GAUAAUAUGUUUGCGAAAACUAAAAAGGCCGCAGUAAAAAGCCGUCCAAAAGUGAUAAAACCGCAACUUCAUCCUAAAUCCACGUCCUUAACCAUCACGGAAACUUUAAAAAAUAAAGUCUUCCCGCAUAUCGUCAACGAUUUUGCUGACGCUUUAAAAUCCUUAAAGCCUGGUGAAAACAUUCGGUUUGGUAAAUUAGGAGUUUUCAAAAAAACCAAGCGGAUAGUCCAAGGUCGGAUGCCUAUUUUAAAAAAACGGGGCCGACCCCGCAAAACUGCCAUUGCUACUUCCGCACUAAAAGAAAAACCCACUAACGGGCAUUUAUCCUUGCGGGAAA